AUGGCGCCCACUUUUGGUGUUACCCACGCAAUGCAACUGAAGCAGUACCAGGAACAGGUAGCCCAACAGUUACUGGAAAACACCAAGCACCUAGAGUCUCUUACACACCCCGGGUCGAAGGUGCACUUUCCGGUGGACGUUGAGACGUUUCCGGAGCCAGAUAUGCGGCUUCGGGUGUUCUUCUUCGAUAUCGACAACUGUUUGUACAAGCGAUCGACCAAGAUCCAUGAUUUAAUGCAGGUAUCCAUACAACAGUAUUUCAAGCAUCAGUUGUGUUUGGGGGAUGAUGAGGCGCGCGAGCUUAAUCACACAUAUUACCGGCAAUAUGGUCUUGCCAUUCGGGGCCUUGUGAAGCACCACCAAAUCGAUGCCCUCGACUACAACAGGAUGGUGGAUGAUGCGCUUCCCUUGCAGAAUAUAUUGCAGCCCGAUCCCGAACUCCGGGAGAUGUUGCUGCGGCUUCGGACUUCUGGGAAAGUCGACAAGUUGUGGCUCUUUACUAACGCGUAUAAGAACCACGGGCUUCGCUGUGUGCGCUUGUUGGGCAUCGCAGACUUGUUCGACGGUAUCACAUACUGCGACUACUCGAAGGAAGACUUAAUAUGCAAACCCGACCCACUAGCAUUUGAUAAAGCACGCCGUGAAAGCGGUUUGGGGGCCUAUAGCAACGCGUACUUUGUGGACGACAGCGGCAAUAACAUCAGAACAAGUUUGGAGUUAGGCAUAUUAAAUUGUGCUCAUGUGGUCGAACGGGAGGUUGAUGAGGACCUUGGAAAUUCGCCCCGUGGUUGCAAAAUCAUCUCACAAAUAACCGAUAUACCGGAGGCAUUUCCCGAAUUAUUUGCAUAG